AUGUUGCGAAGAAUUGCAUCAAAUAUUCUAAUCACUCAAAGAUUCUUGAAAAUGAGUGCGGCAGAUAAUGCUGGAAGAGGAUUCAAGCAAGGUCGAGGAACUGGUGAUUCAGGACAAUCUUCGCUUUAUAAUUUGGAACGAAGAUGGAAAGAUGAUGAUACUUUUAUGGCGUUGGGUGCAACAGAUGAAUUAUCAUCAUAUUUAGGGUGAGAUUUUAUUUUUGAUAUUUUCUAGGCUAUAAUUUAUGAUAAAUUUUUAAUUUCAGAGUUUGCGGAGCAAGUGCGCAGAACGAUGGAACCUUGACCGACGUUGUUGAAACUUUAACUCGACUCCAAUGUUGUUUACAAGAUGUUGGAGCACAUUUGGCAACUCCUCCUAAAAGCUCAUCAGAACGCAAGCAGAGUAAGUCUUAAAAAUCCUUGUUUUCCUCAAAUAAUUCAACAUAUUUCAGAGAAAACCGCUUUCGAUGUGAAUAUGGUCGAUUGGAUCAACGCAGAAAUUGAUCGAUAUGGUGAUGAUCUUCCACCAAUUCGUCAAUUUAUUCUUUCUGGCGGUGGUGCAACUUCUGCACAAUUGCAAUAUGCUCGCGCAAUUUGUCGACGUGCCGAGCGGAGUGUUGUUCCUUUGUUGCGCGAUGAAGAUGUCGAUCCACUUGCGUUGAAAUUCUUGAAUCGAAUGAGUGAUUUAUUGUUUGUUUUGGGUCGCACAGCAUGUAUGCGAAACAAAACUGAGGAAUUGACAUAUCUUCGACCAGAUUCGUUCACAAAUCUCAAAUGGGAACGAAAAACUCUUCAUGACAACAAGAAACUAUGA